GGGUUAAGGUUGGCAUCGCCAUUAAUGACAAAUUUAGGUUAACCGAAAAAUUUUCACAAUUCCACUCAAAAUAAAAAUGCGUUUAAAAUGUACCGAUUAGUUUCGAAAAGUUCACAUUUGAAUAGUGUUGUGUACAAUGUCCCCGCGCGUGAGUCACUUAGAUAAUGAACAGUGCAGACAGUGCACGAGUUUCUCGGAUUACAUCAAGAAAAACCGAAAGAAAAUCAACGAAGAGGUAAACGAAAAUGACGAGGAAAUGUGUAUGCCAGAAGAUGCUCCAGGUGCACAACAUCGAAGAGAAGAUUGUCCGCUAGAUAAAGAUGAGUUGGGAAAUAAAACUUGGGGGCUGUUACACACAAUGGCCGCGACUUAUCCUGAAAAACCUUCUCCUGAACAACGGCAUGAUAUGAGUACUUUUUUUUCAGUGUUUUCAAAAUUUUAUCCUUGUACACAUUGUGCUCAAGAUUUAAGAAAAGACUUAAAAGAUUGUCCACCAAAAACCGAAUCACAAGAAGCACUGAGUCAAUGGCUUUGUAAAUUACAUAAUAAAGUAAAUGCAAAAGUAGGAAAACCACUAUUUGACUGUAGCAAGGUUAAUGAACGGUGGAGGGACGGUUGGUCAGACGGGUCAUGUGAUUAAGAUUUUGUUGGUCUUAGUUUUAGUAGACAAAAUAAAUGUAUAUAUCAACUGUU